GAGUAUAAUAAGUACAGGAGAAGGUUCAACCCUAAAAAUUAAAUUGAUCAACAGUCAUCUUUCAAACAAUAGUUUGAUUUUUCCGAAUUUGUAGGUUAAGAAAAAUUUUGCAAAUGUAAGGAAUAGUUCCGAUGUUGAAAGCACACGUUAGGUCCACAUCGCAGCGCAAAGAUGUCGGCCGACGUCCUGGCAGGAGUAGCGGAGGAAUACUUGCGCCUGCGCUCUCGGUCCGGUCUUGGUCGGCCGGCGUCAGGGCGAGCGCCUACCUGCCCAGUGAUGUUGGAUCGGCCAACGCUGUCCGGGGACCAACUUCCAACCUGCGAACCGCUCUGCUGCAUUGCCUAUGAUAGAAGACCCGUGGGUAUGGGAGACGGAGUGGCGUGUGGUAGCCUGGCGCGGUUGUCGGCGUACUUCUCCAUGCGGCCGCCAGCGGUUCCUGUGCAACUGGUGCCGGUGUCUGCACCUCUCAACCUUCCCGCGCUGCCGCCGCGCCUGUCCACCUCCUCACCGCCAUCGCAUACUGCUGACCUCGCUACGCAUCUGAAUAAUCAGAUACGGUGCAGAAAUGUGGUGCAAGGCGUCCUUUGCGAGCUAAUAUCGAUAUUACCACCGUCACCGAUAAAGUCGCCUGGGACGACAGCGACUCCGGCGACUCCCGCGACGCCUGCUACGCCCGCGACAUCCGCUACGCCUGCUACGCCCGCGACACCCGCUACGCCUGCUACGCCCGCGACAUCCGCUACGCCUGCUACGCCCGCGACCCCCGCUACGUCCCCAACGCCCGCAAUGCUAACAACGCCGGCGACGCCCCCGGCGCACGCAUCUUACGCGGGCCCCGAUACGCACGUGUACUCUGUUGAGGCACAGCGCACACGCCGCCUGAACAGGAGUCUGCUACCUCAGACGUUGCCGAGGGAGCUCAGCACAGACAGCACCUGCAGCGCCAACAGCGGAGACCACGAGCCACGCCAGCGGCAGCGGCGACGGCCAAGACACGCGGCCACGCAAGCUCGGACAACUAUCAAACACUGCGGGAUUUUUGAUGAGAAGACUUCAUGUAACUUCCCAAACGCUGCCCAUCCGAGUUGGAUUCUUCGGGCGACCUCUUUCUCGAAGUUGGACCUACCUAGCUGGAUGAUCUGACCCAGAAACGUUUCGUCGAAUAGCUGCCAAAAAGGUGAAGGAGGACAUGAGACAGACGAGUGGCUGGGCGGAGUGCGCGCGCUGCGGGACUCGCACGUGCGGCUCGUGCUGCGCCAGCUGCGCCACAUCGAGCGCCUCAACCGCGCACUGGAC